CAAAUUUUCGCCCAAAAUUUCACGACUUAAUCCCUCCUCCCUCCUUACUCCUUCACACUGCCCUAAAUCUUCCUCCCCCAUCCAGUCGACCAGUCCUCCCUCCUUACUCCUUCACUCUGUCCCAAAUCUUCCUCCUCGACGAUGCACCGGCAACCUCCUCGUUCCGCGCUCACUCGACGACGCACCGCAACGACGCACUGGGCAGUAUAACAACAACAAACCAUUGAUUGUUUCUAUGAAAAUCUUGCUCGGAAAGCAAAUGAAGAAUCUUCAGUGAUGAUGGCAACUGGCAAGGCGUGGAUUAAUGCACAUCGAACCCGGGGCUCGCGUGAAGGCUCUCCUGGCCUGGCCCCAUAUGCAUCACUGGAACACUUCAAAUCAAAUUCAAGGAGUCUGCUGUGUACUCAAGAGGGUGGGAGAUCGAUGUUCUCAAUCAAUGUUGUAGUUGUAGCAGGCCAUUUGGUGUUUCUCUCUUGGUUGCUGGAGUUGAUGACAAGGGUCCCCAAUUGUAUAAGGUGUUUGAUGAAUUCGAUCUCUUUGGCCAAUGAUGAAGCAGCUUGUGGAUUUCAUAUAUUCAGCUGAAGUAUGCAGAUACCCUCUGUUCAAAUGCAGCUAAUGAAACAGUCUGUGGAUAUCAAAAGAUUUUAUUUUUCUGUUCAAAUGUAGCUACUACUUUUUGAAUUGUGAACAUGCAAUUAAAAUUGCUAAUUUUUGGUAAUAUUACAUUUUUAUAAAAGUACUAUUUCUUUAAAAUUAUUAUGGUAGGAUAGAUAAUAUGUA